AUGUCUGACUAUACCGGCCCCGGAAUCUACACCAUCUCUCCCUUCCACGCCCCCGAGAUGGAACUCGACAUCUGGAAAGGCGAAACAAAAGAAGGCACCCAAGUCAAACUCUACAAGAAAGCCUCAACUUCAUCAAACCAUCAAUUCCAGAUUGUCUAUGCUGGAGGCGUCGGCGGUCACCCUGAGAAGGGCGACCGCGAGUACUUUAUCAUUCCUGUCAACUCUGGUCUCUAUGUGACUGCUCAUGAAACGGAAAAGGUGGUUACUACCCAACUGCUUCCCCCCAGGGAUGCCUCGAUCCGCUGGAAGCUUGCCCACGCCGGCAACGGUGCUUACUACAUCAACCAUGUGGAUGGCAAGAAGCAACUCAAUGUCCGUGGUGCGGGCAAAGCUGAUGGAACGGAAGUCAUUACCUACAAGAUAGAAACAUCUCCCAACAGCCAGUUCAUCCUCAGGGCGGCAGCAUAG